CGUCUUCAAUUCUGAUGCCGUGGCCAUAAACAGAACCAUCGAUUUGAAAUGGGGCGCCGGGGCCAUCGCCAUAUCCGCGUGCCACGAUGGAAUUGGCUGCAAGCUUUGGAGCUGCCAUUGUUUGGGUGAUUGCAGAUGCUGCAAUCACAGCGAGGGCGGCCUUGAACUGCAUCUUUUCGACUUGGGUGGUGUUUUGAUGUUGUGAAGUGCGGUGGUGGCUGCUUUGAACAAUGUCGGACCCAAGCGAACGUGCGAACUUAUCGUAUGUUGCGCUUGACCCAUACCUGCGGAUGUACUGGCAAUGUGAUGAAUAAUGGACAGUGCGCGAGUCUCGACCCAUGGCCGAGUUCGAAUCUUCUCAGAGACCUAGUCAAAGCUGCGGGAAGAGCCCAAAUCGGCCACUAUAGCCUCGUGGAUAAAGUCAUCGUGAGCGGAACUCCUCGUGAUUCAGCAAAUCUAACCCUGUCUGACCUCGUGCCUUCCAGCGCGCCCCUUCCACGCCCAGCAGGAAUAUGGAGUCCAAUAUGCUUGUUCGCACGUCGAACCAGUUUUCGGCAUGGGUCACUGGAAAUGACGCCGCGAAUCGCAGUGGAGGACGGUCGGUCGACGUCAACCAGCCAAGGCGUUGUGAAGACCUUGGGAAAUUACUCGAUGGCUGCCGGUCAUACAACAAACCGCGCACAUGUUCCAACCAUCCAAUGCUUCGGUGGCGGGACGAGGAUGACCUUGACAGGUAGACGGCUUGUCUGGAUGAUCGUCAAGCAUGAAAGCUGCAACACUACACCUUGUGUCCUCUAAUGUUCCUCAGAUCUCUUCGAACUGUGGCCUUUCCGUAUUCACCAAACGAAUUCUCCCAUUCGAAGUCUGGAUUCCUGCCCUGCGGCCUGAGUAUACCGUCCACAGAUCUAACAAUACGAAGAGAUCCUAGGGAACGUUACUUCCGGCCAUGCCGCACUAGAUAUUCUUUGCCAACAUCAGGGUUUCUGGUUGUUGUCCCCAUUCGCCCGGUCAUGGAAGCCUUUUUGCAUAUUUCAAGGAAUUUAGUUGUGCUACUGCUCACAAGACUUAUGGUCAAGUCAUCGAGAGUGUGGGCGAGAGCGUUGUCAACUUGUCGUGCUUCCAUUCUCCACCUGAAAUACUGGUACACUC